UGCACAGGUCUAUAAAAGUUAUCUUUCAGAUAAGACAUGUUUUACAGUUCAACCUGAGCUUUAAAGCUUGUUUAGUUGAUUAGUCUCUGCAUGGUAGAGAGAACAGAAAGACAUUGACCUGAUUUCCAGUCUGAAACUACUAUGAAGGUGUAUUUCAGAGUCGGUGUUAUUGGAGCUUUUUUAUUUUUGAUGUACAUAUUUAUUUCCAUUACUGGAAAGCUUGGGGUGAAAAAGUUGGAUCCAAUAAGAAUCAUAGAUCAAGAGGAUAUCAGUAGAAAAUUGGACAGAAUUGAAGAAACCCUAAACAAGCUGGCAAAGUUCAUAGACAAACCCAGCCAAAAGAUCUCCAAUGAAGUCCUCCCUCCAAAUAAGAAAAAAGAAAAGCCAAAAAAUCCGGUGUCCAAGUUAUAUCCCAACUCCUUCCUGUUUACAAAGUGGGGCGAUGAUCUGUCAGAAGAGGAACAGAAGGAGGCUGAAGCUCUUUUUCAGAUUUAUGGAUACAAUGCCUUCCUUAGCAACCGCAUUCCUCUCGAUCGGAAACUUCCCGACAUGAGAGAUCCCAGAUGUCUGAAGAGGAAUUAUCCCAAAGAUCUUCCCAGCAUCAGCGUUGUGCUGAUCUAUGUAAACGAGGCUCUCUCUGUGAUUAAGAGGGCAGUAUGCAGCAUCAUUACCCACACACCAAAACACCUGUUGAAGGAGAUCAUUCUGGUGGACGAUCACAGUACCUACAGUAAGUUUGGCUUUGGUCUAACAAUCUAA